AUGGAAACUACAUCCUCUGCGUUCAUCUCUUCAAACACAGUUCCUGAUUCGAGUGUCGCGGGGACCCUUUAUGGUUUCAAUGAGGAAGCAAUUCCUGAAGCAAAGGACGUCGUGAGAGUUGAUUUAGUGGGAGGGUUUGCUUUGCAAAAGUGUACAUCCGAAAGAAGCUACUUUCGGACAAUAGCAAAUAUGGAUGUAAAGGUUGAUUUUGUUCCUCCGUCUUUGAUAAACUUUAUUUCAAGGCAGCUCAUUGGCAAUGGUUUCAGGCUUUAUCAAAAGGUUGUGGCAUCUGUGAUGAGCCAAGAUAAAGAAGAAUUCAGCAAGGCCUUGGGGGAUCCAUUGUAUGCUAGAAUCCGCGAGGCUCUAUAUAGCGCAAGUAGCGGGGAGCUUCCGCAAGUUGCAAGAAUUCACCCUGCUGAAGAUCUUGUUGAAAGUAAGAAGGGUGAAGUAAAAGAUGCAAAUAAUGAUGAUGCUGCUUGGCAUGCCGCGGUGUCUGAAGAUGAGGAUGCUGGUGAGACUAGUAACUACGGAUUUGGACAAGAAUGUUUGGAUAGACUUCUACCACUAAGGCCUCAAGGCUUUCAGUCUCACAAUCUGAGAGCAACAAUCACUCUAGACCAACAAGAAGCAGUUCAACCAUCUUCCCCGAUACCCCGUUCGACAUCUUCGACAAGGCCUUCAACUCCUACUUCGCGCACAACACCAUCAAGGGCGUCAACACCUUCCAGAAUACGUACAGUUUCGACAAGCUCUACUGCUGAAAAGCCUAGACCAAUAUCACAAAGCUCGAGGCCUUCCACUCCUAGUUCUAGGCCUCAGGUUCCUGCAAACUUACAUUCCCCAUCUGCACCAUCGACUCGAUCGUUAUCUCGUCCUUCUACUCCCACACGUAGGAGUUCAAUACCAUCUCUUUCUCCUUCCUCUGCAACAAGUUCUUCAACUUCAGCUGGACGUGUUCCAUUGAACGGGCGUAGUUCAGCACCAUCCUCACAGCCAAGCUCACCAAGUCCACGAAUCUGGGCCCCACCACAGCCUGUUGUUCCACCCGAUUUUCCCCUUGAUACACCACCAAACCUCAGAACAACGUUGCCCGAUAGACCUGUCUCUGCAGGUAGGUCCCGUCCGGGUGUUAACACUUUGAAAGGAAAUACUUCUGAAACCCAAGCGUCGGUUAAUAUGCCAAGGCGAGCUUCGUCUCCUAUUGUCAGUAGAGGAAGAUCAACAGAACCUGUCAGUAAAAGUCGUGGAUUUGCCAAUGGCAAUGGCCAUCAUGCUGAUGUUCAUGAACCUAGAAAAGUCUCACAUGCUCCUGAGGUAGCUGCAAGAAGAUCAGUUAAAGCCUCAACCAACACAACUGACAACUCUGGAUUUGGAAGGAAUAUCUCAAAGAAAUCCUUGGAUAUGGCAAUCAAGCACAUGGACAUAAGGAACGGCUCGGGAAAUCAUCGUGCACUAUCAAGCACCACACUGUUUCCACAAAGUAUUCGAAAUUCCACGCCCAAGAGUCAAUAUAAUCGAGGUUCAAGUGCUCCACCAACAUCUAUCGAAGCGAACGGAAACAUACUAAACAAAAAUAAUGGAUCCCAUUUUGACGUGGUAAACGGAAUCAAUAGAAAUAUGAUAAAAGUAAGAGAGAUAGAUGAAAGACAAUACUCAGCAAAACUGAGUGAAAUUGACGUAUACGAGAGCUCUCGUUACGACGCGCUGUUGCUUAAAGAAGAUUUGAAGAAUACAAACUGGCUUCAUAGUGUGGAUGAUAAAUUUGAUCAAGGCUCCUUAUUAUUUGAUAAUGGAUUCGAGAACCUGCCUGAGCCUUUUGGUCUCUUAUAG